AUGGUGAAUGUCUUUGACGAUCAGCUGUGGAACGACGUCGCUUCUCGAGUUGAGCAAUCCCGUUCUUCGUACAACAUUCAAGCUGAACAAUUUCGCUCGCUGAAUACAAAUUUUCAAACAUAUUUAAUCGAUACAAAACAAAUUGAUGAUGACAACAAUCGUUUGCAGAACAGCAUUGAAGAAAUUCGAACGAAUUAUAUUCAAACAUUAGAAAAUCAUCUGAAACGUUUACCAGAAGACUUUCGGCAAGAAAGUUUGGUUUUGACUGAUGCUCAUCUUCAGCGAUACAAAUCGAAAACUCGUGCGAAGCGUUUCAUAAACGAACGCGAAGAGAUCAAAAAACGAAUCAACUUCGUGGUCAAUAAUGAAAAGGAACAGCUCAAACGUUUGAAUCAGUUACAAAGACAAGAUCGCGCUGUUCAGAAUGAAUUGAAAUGUAUUAAUGAGCAAUUACAAAGUGCUUUAAAUCAUGUCGAAAGAGAAAAGCAGAUUCACCGUCAGGCAACGGAGAAAAUCGAUCAAUUACAAAUGCAAUUGGAACAAGUUUAUGUUGAACGAUCGAAAACUGAGUUUGAAGUGCAAAGUCUUCGAGAAGAAGUGAAGCUGAUGCAAACUGCAAAGGAAUUUCUUGAUGAAGAGUAUGAAACUAUACUUGAAGCACAAACCGAUGCGAAUCUGUAUCUUUUAUCGUGUUUAAAUGAAUCUAUUCUGCGUAUACACGCUGAUUUCGAACAUUUGAAUAACCAGCAAAUCGAACAGAUUGAGAAUGAAUACAAACAAACGAUAAAAAAGCUCGAAGAAACAUCUCUAGCGAAUGUAACAGGCAAUGAGAUAGAGAUCGCUCAGCAACAUACAUCUCAAACAGAAUGUGGAAAACUUGAAGAAGAGUAUCGAUCAGCCAAUGAAGAAUUAUCAAAACUACAUGAGCAUAAUCGAUUGUUAUCUGAUCGUAUCUCUUCUAUGGAAAUGGAUUUACGUGCCAUACGUAAUACACAUUUACGGGAAUCGAACGAUAAAGACAAUGAAUUGCAACGAAGUAAAAUCGCAUUGGAAGCUUUGAAUGAACAGUUGACACGUUUGACUGAAUACGAUCGAAAUUUGCAAUUUGAAUUGACACUCUAUCGAGGGGUUUUGGAAAGUGAGUAUCGACGAAAACAACAGCAAUUAGCUAAUGACCAACAGCCACAUCGACCAACGGUAUUGCGAACGACACUCGCACGAGCGCAUAAAACUUAUCCUAUUUUACCAUAUUUGAACCAAACUGAACUCAAUGAAGAAAAGAACGAUGUACCGUCUACUGAAUCUGCAUUAUCAACAAUUUAUGUAGAAGAUGAUCAAAUUAAGAAUACAGAGAACCUGUCAAGAGUAUCGGAAAAAUCACCCGAUGAUAAUCAACAAACGAAUACGCCGAAAACUCCUCAACAGUCGCCGUCAGAAGUGCAAACAGUGGUAACCCAUAGUGAAGACCUACCGAAUGCAUCAUCAUCACCAUCUACUUCGGAAGGAAAUAGUCUAUUCGAAACGAUAACGUAUUUAACUUCGUCGUUGUUAGAAAAAGAAGAAGACUUGACCAAUAACAAUGACGUACAAAUCGCAUCUACAGAACAUGACGACGAGUCACCCCUUCAAACAGAACAAUCUGCUUUAACAACCUUAGAAGAUAAACAAGUGCCAGAGACGUAUCAAGAGCAUUUUACUGAUUCAGACAUUCUUGAAAAUCAGCAAGAAUCUAAAGAAGUUCUUCAACCGGUGUUAAUCGACUCAGAGGAGCAUGAAUCAUGGAUUAAAUCUCAGGACAAGCCAAUGUCUCCUGUUAAAGAAGAAGCCAACUAUUUAGAAGCAUUGUCAUCAUCGUUAAAGCAACUCGUGAAGUCGUUUGAAAGUGAUCAAAUACCCGACAAAGAAGCAAAGCCGAACGACGAAAAAGUUGUUACAUCUCCAACGAAUUUUUCAUCUUUAAUACAAUCCGAUGAGCAGCAAAACUCGGCAAUGUCACCUAUCGAAUCUACUACAUUGGAGAAACAAACACUGUCUGACGUAUCAGAAAAUCAGCAUUUUUCUACCAGUAAUCAUCAAGCAACAGAAGAAACAUCAGUUAUAUGUACUGAUGAACGGUACCCAUCGAAUUCCAUAGGAGAUCUGGGUAAUGAAAAUCACUUGGCAGAAUCAUCUGACGGAUAUGAUAACGAUUUUGAAUCAGAAGAGAAAACCAAAUCAUCAUUUUCCUAUGAAACUGACGACGCGGAACAAGAUCCGUCCCGCCCGUCAAUUUACCGUAUCGAAGAAUUGGAAACCGAUCCAUCUGAUAAAGAAGAAUCAUCUUCUUUUGAUGUAUCAAAAGCACACCGUUUUCUAAAUUCAUCUGGAAAAAACGACGCGAAGCUCGAAGAAGAUCCUAUAACAACAGAAGAACCAGUUAGUUCUUCUGAUUACAACCAAAUUGAGGAGAACAGUGACAUUGGCUUUAUCUCCUCAUCAGGUUAUUAUGGAACUGCAAACGAUAGUACUCAUUUGCAAAAUCAAGAAUUGAAACGAACCGAUUCAAGUGAAGCAUCAUUAACUGAUGUGUGUGACGACAACGUAGAGCCAUUAGAAGAAGCUGAUCGAUCAACUUCUCCUAAACUCGAAGACAGGGAAUCUAAUGAAAACAGUUUAGAAGCUGUUAUGGAAGAUCUUCGCUAUGUCUACCGAGAUCUAGCUAAUGAGGAUGAUCUAGUCGAAAUCGACGACAAUUUUUCCGAGCAACUGAUUGAUCGAUUAGAAUUCGGCGAUAAUAUCAUUCGCACGCUUUUCGAUAAUUUUGUAACAAAAUAUAUCAUCCAACCUGCUGCUACAGGAACUCGUUCGAAAACAUUGGAUUGGACUGAAUUCCGUGAUGUACUUUUCCCUAUCGUUACUAGUCGUUACACGGAAAGACAUAUUCGGAAACUGUUUGACUUAUUCGACACAAGUAAAGAUGGGUUUCUAUCAUUCGAAGAAAUCAUCGAUUUAUUCGAACUUCUUCAAGUUAAUAAUUCAGCUGAACUGGCACAUUACAUGAUGAAUGAAUUCGGUAAGAAUCGAGAUGAUCAAUUGAGCAUUGAUGAGUUCGUUGCUAUCGUGAAAAAAACUGAUGAUAUCAAUAAUAGUAUUCUUCCGGAAAAGCUGGAAGCUAAACAUUGGUUUAGCAUCCAUCCGAACGCGGAUGAAAACCAGUCGAUUUCCUUACCAGUCCCGAUUGUCAAUUUUCCAUCGAAAACGAACGUCAGUAAUACUGAAAUGCUCAACAAUCACAUGAUCUUAUUGGCUCGAAUCUUCAAAAGAGUUGGUGCUGAUGCGGAAAACAAACAAUUGGACAGUAAGAAAUCAACAUUGGCAAUGAAAUUGACAAAUGAAUUCAUUAAUAAUAACAUUCUAAUAUCGAAUGAAGAUCUGCACUCGUUUAUCGACUUGUAUUUGAACCAAAAGCAGAACUCGGAUUGCUAUGUCACAUGGGAAGAAUUUCGAGAUAUAUUUCUUCCAAUUGUCAAUAGUGGAAUAGUUACUAAGGAGGAUUUGUCCCGUUGGUUUAAUAUUUUCGAUUGUAAUCAUCGUAGAAAAAUUGACAAAGAACAGAUCCUUCAAUUACUUCGUCUGCUACAGUUCAGCGAUCCGGAGAAGAUUCUCAAUAAAAUGAAUGCAAUUUCGGAAACAUACACGAAUAACGAGGAUUCAUUUACACCUGAUGAAUUUCUCUUUGCUUUCGACAAUACUGAUGAAUCAACAUCUCGUCUUUGUUUGGCCAAUGAACAAGCAAAAUCUUACGAUCUUGACUGGUUAACAAAAACUGUCUUCUAA